AUGGCGAACCUUGGAUGGUUAGCCUCCCUCGCCGCCGCCGCCGUCGUUGUGGUGGCGCUCGGCUCGCCGUUCGCCGCCGCCCAGCUGAGGCCGGGGUACUACGCCAGCACCUGCCCCAACCUGGAGACCAUUGUCCGGAACUCCGUCAGGCAGUCCAUGGCCCAGUCCCAAAUCUCGGCGGCCGCCACGCUCAGGCUCUUCUUCCAUGACUGCGCCGUCAGGGGCUGUGACGCGUCGAUCAUGAUCGUGAACUCGAACGGCGACGACGAGUGGGGGAGCCCGGACGACCAGUCGCUGAAGCCGCAGGGCUUCCAGACGGUCCUGGACGCCAAGGCCGCCGUCGACAAGGACCCGCAGUGCCGUUACAAGGUGUCCUGCGCCGACAUACUCGCCCUCGCCGCUCGAGAGUCCGUCGUCCAGAGCGGAGGGCCAUACUACCAGGUGGAGCUGGGCAGGUACGACGGGAAGGUCUCGACGAAGAGCAGCGUGGUGCUGCCGCACGUCGACUUCAACCUCGACAAGCUCAACGCCUUCUUCUCAGGCCUGGGACUCUCCCAGACCGACAUGAUCGCACUCUCAGGUGGCCACACCAUGGGCGCGGCGGACUGCAGCUUCUUCCAGUCCAGGAUCGGCACCGACCCGACCAUGGACUCAGGCUUCGCGGCGCAGCUCCGGGGCACCUGCACCAGCAGCCAGAGCUCCGCGUUCCUCGACCCGACGCCGUUGGGAUUCGACAACUCCUACUACAAAAACCUGCAGGGCGGCAGAGGCCUCCUGGGCUCCGACCAGGUGCUGUACACGGACCCAAGGUCACGCGGCACCGUCAACUACUACGCGUCCAACCAGGGUACCUUCUUCUACGACUUCACCGUCGCCAUGACCAAGCUCGGCAGGGUCGGGGUCAAGACGGCGGCCGACGGCGAGAUACGCCGCGACUGCCGAUCAUGUGAGGAUGCAGGUGUCUUUUGUGACAACGAGUCAGACUCCAGCACAAAACAGCAUGAUGAUGGCUCUAGCCUCGAUCUAGCUAGGUCGCGACUGGCACCAAAAGCAAAUCAUAUCAGACCUAACUUCAUCAACGUCAAAUGCCCAUGA